GGCAAGCCCAUUGCACCGAGAGUGAGAGAGAGAGACCAGCGCGCCUACAGACUAUCACCAGUCAGUUAGUUGCAGCAACCUUGUCACGGACAACUCUCCCCCCAGUCGGCCCUGAACAUUUAGCCAGAGAAGCGGCCAGCAUGGAGAACUUGUACGAGACCGUAGCGGAGGCGAGCGUGUAUGAGCGGCCCGACAGUCCUGCUGAGGCCAAGUAUGAGAACCAAGGAGUUAUCUAUGAAACUCCCAGUGAGGUGGAAGAGGCGUUGCACAGAGAGGAGCAGGUGUACUCAUCCCCGAGAGGGAAGCGAUCUUCGCCGGACUACAUGGACACCAGAGACGCGCCGGAACAGGCAGCAGAGAAAGAUCGUUCUUCUUCAGCCUCCUCGUACGGCAACAACGAGGACGAUAAGUGCGCGGUGGAGGAGAUUAAAUUAGCAGCAGAGGUUGAGGCUGUCCUUGAGGUUAACGGUGAAGGAGCUGGCUCGAGACGGUCAUCGUCAUCAUCAUCCUCCUCUUCCUCCAAGCACGAGGGCAACCUGCAGGACAGGCUGGUGGAUGCCUACAGCCACAGUGAGAAGAGUCUGAGCGAUAAGGAGGAGGAAGAACUGGUGGACUACAGUCUGAAGACCAUCGAGACUCUGGAAGCCAUUACUCUGAAUGAGGACAGUGCCACUCCUGAUGACCCCAAUGCACCCGAAAUCUCCCUGUUUGUCAAGGCGGGUAGUGAUGGAGAGAGUAUAGGGAACUGUCCAUUCUCCCAGCGUCUCUUCAUGAUCCUGUGGCUGAAGGGAGUUGUCUUCAAUGUCACCACCGUCGACCUCAAGAGGAAGCCAGCUGACCUCCAUAACCUAGCCCCAGGGACCCAUCCUCCCUUCCUGACAUUUAAUGGAGAGGUGAAGACAGACAUCAACAAGAUAGAAGAGUUCCUGGAGGAUGUACUGGCUCCACCCAAGUACCCUAAGUUGGCAGCCAAGCAGAGAGAGUCCAACACAGCUGGAAACAACAUCUUUGCCAAGUUCUCAGCGUACAUCAAGAACACCAAGCCUGAAGCUAAUGGAGUCCUGGAGAAGGGUCUGCUGAAGGCACUGAAGAAGUUAGAUGACUACCUGGCUGGUCCCCUCCCGGAGGAGAUCGAUGCAGACAGCAUGGAGGAGGAGAGGGGGUCCACCAGACGCUUCCUGGAUGGAGAUGACCUCACCCUGGCUGACUGCAACCUACUGCCCAAACUACAUAUAGUCAAGGUGGUUGCUAAGAAGUAUCGUAACUAUGAGAUUCCGUCUGAGCUGGGUGGAGUGUGGCGCUAUCUGAAGAAUGCCUACACACGAGAAGAGUUCACCAACACCUGCGCUGCCGACAACGAGAUAGAGAUGGCUUACCUGGAUGUGGCCAAGAGACUGGAGAAGUGACCUUUAACCCCUAACCUCUAACCAUGAUGUUUAACCCAUGGCCUCUAACCCCUGACCUCUAACCCC